AUGGCUUCCCCCAAGAUUAUUCUGUACACCAACCACAACUGCCCUUGGGCCCAUCGCGCCCAUAUUGCCCUGAAGGAGCUGGGGUUGGUUUACGAGGAAGUCAUUAUCGACCUAACCAAACCGCGAGAACCCUGGUAUCUCGAUGUCAAUCCGCGUGGACUCGUUCCAUCCCUCUCCUACAAUGGCACCAUCAUCACCGAAUCCGCCAUCGUCGCACAGUUUCUGGCGGAUGCGCAUCCCUCGCAUCUGGUGCCUCCCUCCGGCAGCGUCGACGGCGCCCUCCAACGCGCCCAGAUUGCCUUCUUCGUCGACACUUUCCUGAGCAAAGUCCAGCCGCAUGUCCACGCCUCGUUGCGCGCCUCCACGGCGGCCGAGAUCGACGCGGCAGCAGACGCCCUCGUGGCCGCCGUGGAAACCGAGCUGGAACCCUUGCUGGCCGCCUGGAAGGGACCGGGGCCCUUCUUCGGCGGCAGCGACCGGCUGACGCUGGCUGAGGUCUUGACAGGCUCGUUCCUGCUGCGCAUCCUGCACUACUCCGAUGCACGGAUCGGGCUGCUCAGCGCGCGCCUGCCGGCGCUGCUAGAACGCACGCCGCGGUUCAAACGGUGGGCUGAAGCGACGGUGCAGCAGGAGAGCGUGAACUUUAUCUGGGAUGCGCUGAAGUCGGCCAAUGCCAUCAAGGCCAAGUUGGGGAUUACGCGAUGA